UCAUCCUUGUAUUCAACGGCAUCGUGGUCAUCGUCACCAUCGGAAUUGUCGACAUCGUCGUCUUCGUUGCCAUCAACAAAAUGGAUUAUAUUAAUUUACAUGGGUGAUUCAAUUAGUCAUUCAUAUUUUAGUACAGCAAUGUUUAUAAGAAAUUGUGCUAUCAUAAAAAAAUGUGCUGAAAUUGUGCUGAGUUCAUUGUGCUCAAUUUAGCAUUGCUAAAUGCGAGCUAAUAUAUAAGAACUGUCGAUAUCUUGACGUCCAUGAAUUGGAUAACGCAUCAUUACGUCAUAGGCGUAUUCUAUAAAUACGUCAAUAACGUUAAACCGGUGACGGUUAUUUCAUGGAUACUCAAUUAUGACGAGUAACGUCGAGUUAUGUUUUGGAUUACGUACCUUGACGCCAUCAUUUAGCUGAAAACUUCCUCGAAAUCAUGGAGUAUCCUAAAAGUUAACAUGUGGACUUUUGAUAUCAAAUACCAUUUGCAAAGAAAGACGCCAAAAUCACACCGAUUUUACAUACAUACAUCAUCGCAUCAAAGAAGUGUGGAAAAUAGGAAAUACCUCAAAAAUGACGUGAAUACGUGGAUUAAUUGUCAGAUGUCACCUUUUUGGAUUACCUGUCAUUUGGUUCACCUUUCCACCAGGCUUUUUCCAUGGACUCUCACGUCUAUGGCCUGACGCGGCGUUCUACAGGAUUAUCGUGGAUUAAAACAUGAGUAGAUGGAUUUAUGCAUUUUUUAAUCAUAAACAUCAUAGCAAUACUUCAUCAUAAAAAAGCAUUCUGGAUUUAUCUCAAAUGACAUCCAACGUGAGAUACUCCUCAGUCUUCAGCCCAUGAUCUGUCCUCCAGAAAUAUAUCUGAAAUUCUAAGAUUGAAAAUGACACCAGGAUGAGGAAAGGGAAAGUGUGAUAUUGAAGUGUGACCUUCUCAUUGGCAUGAACUCUACUUUGAAUAUACAAGUAAGGACGUAGCUGCUUGGUGAAAAUCAAGGCUGCUGUAGCCAAACUCCACCGAAUCUCCUGAUUUCGUGGAUUUAUGAAGACGCAUAAAAGCUCAUCUUCGGGGAAUUAGAAAAAUUACAAAAAAUCAUUAGGAUUUAUGGCGGAUUACAAUGCAAUGUUCAAGUACCUUGGGUUUCCUACAUUGGACUCAAUAACGUUCUGGGAUUACUCUGAUUCGGAUUACAAACAUCAAUUAAUUAGGAUGCAGUGGAUUAUGAAUGUACCCCCUGGGGCUAAAUUAUUUAAGUGUCGAUUUGUGAAUUCGAAAAUUGUGAGCUGCAAACGACGUGAGAAUAACACUUAUAUGGAUCCGGGUUGAUAGGUCACAUGGGAUGGCAUUAUGGUGCCCUCUUGUGUCGUUCUGGAUAUCACGUGACUACCGUUGGAUAAUAAUGGUUAAUUUGCUGUCUGCAAUAAGACAUGCCCCAUCACCCCCCCCCCCCCCCUCCCUCCAUUCCGUAUUCCCUCUAGUAUAAGCAUGUACCCUAUCUUCCCGUUACUACAGCUCCUGCCCUGAUGCAUAUGCAACUGUGAGCUCCAACUUCGCUCUACGUCACCGUGUAAAUUAAAGGUGUUUCGAAGUUUCAACUCGCUGACUGCAUGCAUAUUGUACAGUGAGAACGCCUGACACUUGGACCGAAUAUUCGAUUCCAUAGCCCUAGAACUGUCACAGUAAGACGACAACAGGUGCAUUUCUUGACCGAAGCUUGGCGGUAACUGCAUGGGUUUCAUCGAGCGCUCUGAUUGGCUGUUUGACGCACGGCUUGCUAAUGUGAAUAAGAAGCGAAUACAAAGCCAUCGCCCAGAGUAUAAUCGGCAUUGAAUAGCCAAGUAUUGACGGCGAACGCACGACAUUCAGCUGUAAUCAUAAAAUUUGAACAGUUUAUUCAUUGACUCAAUUCAUCGUGUAAAACUCAGGGUAAUACCGCAUUGACAACUAUAUAGAGGACUGAAUGGUUUUGUGAGGAGAUUUGGAUAGUCAUAUAGAAGAAAAACAGUGGCAAUUUGAAACCUGAAAACAGUGCUCUACUUGAGCACAAAAUUGGACAUUGGGAUACUACACAUAUAAUCGUCAAAAUUUUCGACCACGGACAACACGCGAUGAUGGAAGACAUGAGAGGCCCACCCCCGGGUGAUAUGAGGGAUAUGAAAUCACAUCUACCCCCAGGACCCCAGCAUAUACAAGGAAACCCCCCUCCACAACAGACCCACGUUCCCGUGUCUUCACCCCCACAAAUGCAACAUCCUCCACAAACUACGACCCCCGGGUCUCAACACUCUCCGGGUUCACCAUCAGGUAUGUCAACAUCAAACAACAAAAACAUUGACAAAGACCGCGUCAAGCGUCCCAUGAACGCAUUCAUGGUCUGGUCUCGAGGUCAACGCCGGAAGAUGGCGCAGGAAAACCCCAAGAUGCACAAUUCUGAGAUAUCAAAGAGGUUGGGAGCCGAGUGGAAGCUACUGACUGAAACAGAGAAACGUCCCUUUAUAGAUGAAGCGAAAAGACUCCGUGCAGUACACAUGAAAGAACACCCAGAUUAUAAGUACAGGCCGAGGCGGAAAACGAAAACCUUAAUGAAAAAGGAUAAGUACGCUCUGCCCGGUAUGGGCGGACCAGUCCAAUCCAUGGGGGGACGUGAAAUGUACCCAUUGAAUGGAUACAUGCCUAAUGGUUACCCAAUGAUGCACGAUCCAAAUUCUUACGCCCAGCAGAUGUCUCAGGGUCAAUUCCCGCCCUAUGGGUACGCGGGGAUGCCACCCGCUGCGCAAAUGUCUGGCCAGAUGACGACAGGCUCGUAUAUGAACGGUAGCAAUAGUUACAGUUAUACAAUGGCUUCACCAUAUUCAAUGCCAGGGGCACCUCCUGGUGGUCAAAUCAAAUCAGAAGGUGGUCAGGGUGGCCCACCUCGUGUAGACAGUCGCGGGAGACCGUGUCCCGGGGAUCUUAGGGACAUGAUCAGCAUGUAUCUCCCAGGGGAUGCUAAUGACCCAAAUGCUCAACAAAGGGCGUUGCAAAUGCAGGGACAAUAUGCUAUGAGCCACCAGGGCUCUCACACUCCACCCGUUAGCGGAGGCCCGGAGUCAUCUACGGUUCCAUUGACUCAUAUGUAGAAAAACUUGUUAUCGUUCGUCACUGGUUCGCAUCCACUCUAGCCUGUGGUCUAAACCCCCUCAACUACCACAUGUUAUAUAAACAUAAUAUAAACUCGUGAAUUAUCCAAAAUUAACCCAUUCAAUGUACCCAUGGUCAAAUUGGUGCUCACAAUGAUGUUUAUGUUCAAGUACAAACAGUUUUAUUAAUCGUGAAAAGAUCAAAAUUCAAUUGAAAAACGAUAUCUCACAAAGCGAAAAUUUAAGUA